AUGGCUAACGACGAUUUUGAAGUCAGAGAGAGGUUGGAGGAGCUCAAAGCAGUCCCGACAGAUGAACGGUGGGAGUGGAUCAAGACGAACGACGACGACCUCGUCGCCGGCUCUGCAGACGAGAACCCGAACCCGAACUGGCCCGCUGUGGUGAAACUUGCAGAAGAGAUGUUGACGCGCAUACAGGUCUGGCCUGAGUUCCAUUUUUUGGAGGUGGGCAUACUGAGGACGAAGACCAAAGCAUUGAGAGCAAUGGGACAUCCUGGUGCGGAAAAAGCUAAAGAGAUUUACAACAGGAAGUUACUGGCGACCCCUGCAGGCAAGGCCGAAGCGGAAGAGAGAGAAAGAAAAGCGGCUCUCGCAGCUGCCGAAAAGGCAGCCGCCGGUCUCGACGGCUACGACACUUUGGAACAAUUCAAAUGGACCGAGAACAAGCUAGCAGAGGCCCAAACCCUGAGAAAGGCUGGAAAGUGUGACGUCGCCUUGACCAUCCUCGACGGGAUUAUCGAGCGCUUUCAGCACUGGCCGUUGAUUGUUGAUCUUUUUGAAGCCAACGUGUACUACGAAAAGAGUCUUGCGGGGAAGGCGCUAUUUGGGGCGCAUGCGGCGAAAGAAUGGGAUGCCAAAAGCCAGAAGACCACGAAAAGGUAA